CACCUCUCCUGCAGCCCUCCCCUCCCGCUUGCACAAUUUCCCUGCGGCGCAAACGGGCCAUGGAAGCAGUUGCUGUUGCUGCUCUUGCAGUUUUUCCACGAUGGGGUUGACGCUUAAUGAUGCCCAAGGCAACUGUGAAGCUUAUAAUAACCGGAGAUGACUUUGGCUACUGCCCAAGAAGAAACCAAGGCAUCGUGGAGUGUUUCCUCGCAGGCGCGGUUUCCAAUGUGUCCCUUCUGGUCAACGGCAGCGCGGUCUCUGACGCGGUACAACAGGCGAGGAGGUACCACAUUCCAAUAGGACUCCAUGCCAACCUGUCCGAAGGGGCACCUGUUUGCCGUGCUUUGAAAGAGGAAUCCUCACUACUCAACCAAGAAGGGCUCUUUCAUGGAAAGAUGGGAAUCAGGACGGUGUUAGCAGAAGGUCUUCUUAAGAUGUCUGAGGUGAAGCAGGAACUGAUAGCACAAGUGGAGUUGUUCUCCGAGCUCACAGGCCACCUGCCCCAUCACAUGGAUGGACAUCAGCAUGUCCAUGUUCUUCCAGAGAUCAGGCAUGUGUUUGCACAGGUGUUAGAGGAAUAUGGAAUCAGACAUACUCGUGUCCCUAUAGAACCAGACCUUCCCCACUGCAGCUGGAUAGACCCACACUUAAUGAACUUUUACCUGAGCGUGGAAAAAGAUUCACUGAAUACAGUUGAUGUUUUCACGAAGCACGGAAUAAGGUGGCCAGAUAUAUACAUAGGCUUGAGCACCAUGGGGAAAAACAUGUCUGUUAGCAACAUCCUCAGAGCCAUCGAUAACGCUAUGGCAGAUUUCCUGGCCAAGGCAGAUUCCUCCAUUGCUUCGAGCUUGCCCUCAAGCCCAGAUCAAGAAACCAGGAUGGUUACAAUUGAGCUGAUGACACACCCAGGGUACCCCAGCGUUCCACCAGUGGGGGGCUGUGGUGAGGGACCCGAUGACUUUUCUCAGUCAUGGGAACGUUUACAUGAACUGGAGACGUUAACGAACCUGGAACUGCAGAGCCACUACAAAACGAGGAACAUUCAGCUGUGUGCGUUCAAAGACUUGUAAACGUGUGUGGUUGGAGACCCCUCCGUUUUUGCUAAGAGACAGGGCUGGAUUCAGUAUGAGGUUACAUAAACGGCAGAUGGUAGACCCCAAAUAAGUCAAAGGCCAUUCAGUAUAACUGUAGAAGAAUUUGCUAGGAAGGAGUGUGCUGCCAUUCCGGUUGUUGUAUCUUCGAGUACCUCUUCAUAAGAGGGAGGAUUACAGGAUGUCAUUCCACAAGAGGAAAAUUGAACACUUUGGCAAUGGGGCCUGCAUUAAAAAGCAGAAUACGAUGAAUAGAAUGGAAGAUUCUACAAGGAGGAGGAGAAGAAUAUGGGUGUGGGUUUUGUGUCUGUCAUAUCGGACUUCCCCAUGUGGUGGGCACAGAAGAUCCUGAUUUAUGGGUCCAAGAGUUAGAAUGAAAAGAUUAGGUUUCUACAGUCUUCAGUCUGGCCCAUUAAAUCAGGAUUCAGGAGCAAGAACUAUAGAGACAAGGCUACGCACACACUGAAAAAGAAGAAUUCUGUACCAAGACCAUCCAAAUUCCAUGCCAAUAAAAGCUGAAUUCCGCUCCAUGUAUAAGUUAUGGACAAUUGUCUGUAUUCCCUUUUAUUUGAAGCUGCUCUGGACAAAAGCAGUGUUUGGCUGUUGUGGGCUUUCAGACUGUGUGGCCAUUGUCUGGUAGUUUUUUCUCUCCCCCCCACCCCAAUUUGGCUGGCCAUUUCCUGCUUGCCAGCCAGCUAGCCAGGUGAGCACUGAUGGACAACGGCCACAAUCACCUGGCGGUCUCCUGCCAUCAGUGGACAAAUGGAAACACUGAACAUUCUGCCACACCGUAGCUGGAGAUCAAAUAUCUCCUCCUCCUGAAAAGCCCUCCAAGUCAACCAGGAAGAAGUGAGGUACAGUUUUACCACAAGGAUGUAUAAUUCCCUCAACUAUAAGUUUUGCUGGUGUUGUUUUGAUUUGUCCACUUAGGAGAUGGUUAGAGUCGUGUUGAAGAUUUGGUUCUAUCCAGAUCUUGAAUAAAAGAAAACAGAUCAUG